GUCCACCACAAAAGCACAAACCACAAAACCCCCCCAAGAAUCAUAAAUUAAGCAUGCCCAGAUCCCCAUUCAUCUUUCUUCUCCCCAAUUCCUUCUUAGGUGGCGGAAAUGAGCAUGUACGGUAGGGAUCCGUGGGGCGGUCCCCUGGAGAUCCACGCCAACGACGACGAAGUAGACAGCCGGAGCCGGAACCUCCAGGACUUUGACCGGGCGGCGCUGUCGCGGUCGCUCGACGAGACGCAGCAGAGCUGGCUGCUGGGCCCCACCGAGCAGAAGAAGAAGAGGUAUGUUGAUCUGGGCUGCAUUAUGGUGAGCCGGAGAUUCUUCAUUUGGACCGUCGGCGGCGCCCUCGCCGCCGCCGUGCUGGUCGGCUUGGUUGUCUUGAUUGCCGAGACCGUGCCCCGCCACAAACACCCCUUUUCGCCGCCGGAUAAUUACACUCUUGCCCUCCACAAGGCUCUCAUGUUCUUCAAUGCUCAGCGCUCUGGAAAACUGCCCAAGCACAACAAUGUGUCAUGGAGGGGUAAUUCCUGCACUAAAGAUGGAGACCGAGACAGUUCAACCGGUUUUAAGGAUCUAGUUGGCGGCUAUUAUGACGCGGGAGAUGCUAUAAAGUUCAAUUUCCCUCAAUCGUUCGCCCUCACCAUGCUAAGCUGGAGUGUGAUUGAAUACAGUGCGAAGUAUGAGGCCGCUGGAGAGCUGAACCAUGUAAAAGACAUAAUUAAGUGGGGAACUGAUUACCUCCUCAAGACCUUCAAUUCCUCCGCGGAUACUAUUGAUCGCAUCGUUUCGCAGGUUGGAGUAGGGGGCACGUCACGAGGAAGCACAACUCCUAACGACCAUUACUGUUGGACGCGUCCUGAGGACAUUGAUUACCCCAGGCCUGUGAUUGAAUGCCAGAGUUGCUCUGAUCUUGCAGCUGAGAUGGCUGCUGCACUUGCAUCGGCGUCCAUUGUUUUUAAGGACAACAAGGCCUAUUCGCAAAAACUUGUCAAUGGUGCCCAAACUGUCUUCCAAUUUUCUAGGGAUCGCCGCGGGAGGUACAGUGCCAAAGACAGAGAAGCUUCAGUUUUCUACAACUCCACCAACUAUUACGACGAGUUUGUCUGGGGUGCGACUUGGCUGUAUUAUGCUACCGGGAACUCUACCUAUCUUAACAUUGCCACAAUGAAAGGUAUUGCUAAGAAUGCCGGGGCUUUCUAUGGUGGCAAACAUUAUGGUGUGAUGAGCUGGGAUAGCAAGCUUCCUGGAGCUCAAGUGCUUCUUAGCCGUUUGAGGUUGUUCUUGAGUCCGGGAUACCCUUAUGAAGAGAUUUUGAGCACCUUCCAUAACCAGACAAGCAUAUUCAUGUGCUCCUACCUGCCGUUCUUCUCCUCUUUUAACAGAACAAAAGGAGGCUUGAUUCAGCUGAACUAUGGUGCACCACAGCCUCUUCAGUAUGUAGCCAAUGCAGCAUUUCUGGCCACCUUGUUUAGCGAUUAUCUAGCAGCUUCGGAUACCCCUGGAUGGUAUUGCGGGCCCACCUUCUACUCUGUCGACGUUCUGCGUAAUUUUGCCGAAACACAGAUUGACUACAUCCUUGGAAAAAACCCGAGGAAGAUGAGUUACAUUGUGGGGUUUGGCAAUCGCUACCCAAAACAUGUCCACCACCGCGGCGCGUCCAUCCCUAAAAACAACAUCAAGUACACCUGCAAAGGGGGGUGGAAAUGGAGGGACUCGAAGAAGCCAAACCCCAACACCAUUGUCGGAGCCAUGGUCGCAGGCCCAGACGCGCACGACGGUUUCCAUGAUGUGCGUACCAAUUACAACUACACUGAGCCCACACUUGCCAGCAACGCCGGGUUGGUGGCUGCGCUGGUGGCUCUAUCCGGGGAAAGGAGUGUUCAACUCGAUAAGAACACCAUGUUUUCCGCUGUGCCACCUAUGUUCCCCUUGCCGCCGCCACCACCAGCACCUUGGAAACCUUAGUGGCCAAGUGUGAGUAUCUAUUGAUUCAUAUUCUUUUUUCCAUUGAUUCUUAUGCUGGGUUCUGACACCUUGAAUGCCCCCAUGGAAGAACAUCAAGGCUUCUUGUUGUCAGUUCUUGGGUUAUUAGCUAGAAGUCUAGAACUUUCCU